CGAAAGUCAUCUAAGUUCAUUGCUCGUCAGAAUUUUUCGCCGUAAACAGCAAUAGGAUCGAGAUAACUUUUAUUUUUCGGUUUCCGCAUGACGAAGAAUUUCAUAGGGUACUGGAAGAAAUCGGCGUUCCUUCGCGAAGCGUCUAGAACAUUAUGGAAGGCUUACGGCUUAAAGAACGCAAGAGGAUUUUGGAUUUGCCUCGGGAGCAAACUGAUCGCAAAGAUCCAUCUCUUCUCCCUGAGCCAUCGAGCAGAGCACGGAACGCGUCCGCCAUCUUUGGUGCCAGCCCCAGCUUUGGAAUAUCACCUGUACCCCAGAUUCAAUUUAGACCAGCCCCGCUCAAAAGAGUUCCAGAACCAAAGAAAGUCAGAAGAAGCAAUAGUGAUGUAGCGCUCAGAAAAAGACCUUAUCUCAGGCGUAGGUCAGGGGACUUCAGUCAGACUCAGAGAAAACGCAGCGAGAGCGAAAGUGAAAAUCGUCUUAACGGAGUGAACUGUAACGGAACAACGUUAAAUAGAUCAGAGUCCAAAUUAAGCAGCGGAUCUGGUAGUGAUUGUGUUGAAACUACAGCUGAUAGUGUGUGCUCAUUACCCGAGCAUUCCCACGAUCCGAACGAUUUUUCAAGCCGCUAUCCGCUUUUUAUACAAGUCAACAACGGUUGCCAAGCAACAAAUAAACCACGCAUUGUAAAACCGGUCGCCAAGUCAAACCAGGGCGGUUUUAAACAGGACAACGCCCAAGAUAAGCAGGGUGCACGGCCGAGACGCAGCGCCAGUUUUUCUGCCCCUAAAAAACCAGGACCACCCUCCAGGUCUCCUCAGACAGCUCAAGACUCUUUGAAAAACGGUAGCCUUCGUCGUGAGAAAAGCGAUAUUGUUAGACCACGUCGAACCCAAUUAUCAGCUAAUAAUAACAAUUCUCUCCCGAUUAGCGCGCGAUCAAAUUCAUCCUCUUGUCUAAAGCGGGAAAACGGGAUUGCGUCGAGCCCGCGUUCACAAUCACCAGCUGGACUUCAACGUGAACGCAGUGACGUCACUAAAAAUCGUGCAUCGCCGAGUGUAAGGAGAGAAAAAAGUGACAUUGUUCGGCCGCGCGGUCAAUUGAGAACUAACUCGCCAACUGUAACUCACGAGGAUACAGGAGGCAAUAUAUGCAAAACGUCUAGUAAUCGAAGUUUAACUUCAAGCUCGUUGAAUAAGUCUCCUUCUAAGAGUUCAAUAGAGAGUGGUCGCUCCCGCUCGGCAAGCAGCAGUGAGAUGUCGAAGAUUCCAUCGCUUGUUCGGUCGCCAGGAAGCGCUGAAAAAACAGACUCGCACAUUUCUCGCAUACCUUCAAUGACGAAGAAAAAUGGCGCUGAGGAACGCACUCCUCCGAAGAGUAAAAUUCCGUCCUCAAAUAAAUCCCAGAUACCCACAACAGGACGUAAGGAGAGCGCUUUGCAGAAAGACAAGGCAGGAAGCAAAAUCUCUCCAUCCAUAGCAUCCUCACACAAUAAACCUGAUUCAGCAAAGGAAAAUAAAGAUCCUACCAGUAUACCAAAUGGUCCUGAGCCUGCCAAGCAAGUCAGCAAAAUUCCGUCUUUCUCCAAGUCUAGUAUUCCCAAGUCUAGAAUACCUUCCGUGACUCGCAAAGACAGUCAGAAUGAAGGGCAGGCGUCGCAAAACGGAGGAGAGGCACAUUCUCCUGCUACUGGUUCUCAAAGUAAGAUGCCCAAUGCAUCUUCCUCCUCGCAGGGCAGCGGCAUCCCCAUGGGGGUCAGCCGCAUUCCAUCCUUUGCUAAAUCGCCGUCAGCAUCCUCUGGAACUAAAACACCGCAAUCAAAGCUUUCCACUGUGGGAGGGUCCAAAGCUACGGAACCAGAUGGACCCCCUGGGAACUCGUCACGCACUCCAACACUUCCUUCUACAUUGUCCAACGCGACCCUUGAGUCAAAGGUCCCUACAGCUGGAGGGUCCAGGAUUCCAGAACCUAAAACCGCGGCAAAGUCUCCACCAAGUUCCCUGCCAAUCGCAUCGAAGGCAAGUGGGAUUCCGAAGCCUGGCGAAUUGACACCGUCGAGCAAGAUUCCAGGUUAUGCUGGCGACAAAUUAACGCGUAAAACCUCAAGCGCAGAGAAAGAGACCGUGCCGACGGGUAUACCUGCAGUGGCAUCCUCACCCGUGGAAACUAAGAGUAAAACUCCUUCGUUCCCGAAGCAUGCAGCCACGCCAAAGUCCCCGGCGAACUCACCCAACGGAGAGUUGCCCAGAACAGGAAUACCAACUUUUGGUGGUAAGCAGCCUUCUUUCGACAAGGAGCCUGCUACCCCUCCCAGUACUCCAAUACGAGAAAAUUUCUCUUCAGAAUCGCCCCUGGAUAAGUACAUUUUCUCCGAGGCGAGAAAAAUGGAACAAAUAUUUCGCGAUGAGCCCAUUGAAGUGGUUGUACCGGCUGCGGAUUUGGAAGAGGACGAGGAAUUCUUGAAACAAGAGAAAGAAAUCGAGGAACUCGAAGAGAUAUCGCAUGAUUCGGACCUGCAGAUGCUGGAUUCAAAAGAGGCAGAGGACUUAAUCAGUGAAGUGUUGAAAAGCUAUGCUCCCGACAUCAAUACAGAGAACCAACUAGAACUGGAUGAUAGUUACGUUUUCUCUGUGAGGGACGACAACAAAAACUUUAAAGAGAAGGUUAACAUCGAUGACAUUGUUCUUAAACCAGCCAGUACCGUAAAUGAGCCACCAAAGGAGUCGAAAAUCGCGGAAAAACCGUCAACGAAAGAAGAUGUGGAUGUGGGGAAAGCCGAAGUGGGUGUCAAAGAUUUAAUAGCUGGAAAAAAUGUUGUUCAAAAUGGCACAGAUGUCAGAGAAGAAGCAACUAAAGUCUAGGAAAAGGAAGCCGUCACAUUAGAAAACAAGAGCAAGACACCAGAUUUGAAAAUUUUAAUCCCAACUGAAAAAGCUGUUGAAAGACAAGUUGACGAAAGAGCUGAGAAAGAGGGAACAAAGAACGAAGGACCUGCGAUUGACACAUUGGGUGAGUACGCCCAGCAUGCCAGGCGGUCGCGUAGUCGACAACGGAAAGUUAUAAGUCCUGAUUCAGAAGAACCUGGAUUUGCUUCAGAACCUGAGAAGGAAAUUGAAAAAGAAGCUGAAAAACCACACGAAGCGGAAAACAUCAAAGAGCCAUCCAAAAAGGACAUCAACAAAGACAAAUUCGGAACAGCUCCAUUUGAAAGCGAGAAGAAACCUAAAGAAGCUUCGAAAUCGACGAAAUCGAAAUCAAAGAACGACAAGCCGAAGUUCGUGAUUGAAUCAUCGCUCGGAAAAGAUUUCUAUGCCACUCGGAAAUCGAAUGAGAGUGUCAACUCACGAGAUAGUGUUCAUGAUGAUGUCGUAAAAUCUUCGUUCAAACCCGAACUUUCCGCGCUUGUGUUCGAAAAUAAAAUUGUGGAAGAAACGUACACAUUAAAACAGGGAGAAUCGCCGGUUGAAGAAGCCAUUAGCUUGGGGGAAGCAGAGUUUGAAGACGUUGAUUUGAGGCUGGAACAGAGCUUGAAGAACGAAAGGCGAGAAAUUACGCGGAGUGUUGACGAACUCGACGAAAAAACUGUAAAAUGCAUAGGAUGUGGACGAGGUGGAAAGUGUUCCAUAAUGUAGUUGGAACAAUAGCUAGGCAUUCUGAGUUUAUUUUCGAUUUCAUAGUCGAAUUAGUGUUAAUGUGUAACCGCCAUGCAUUUCAAGUGUCAUCUC